UUUUAGUGACUCAAGUGUAACGUGACAAGGCAUUGCCAAGUUCCUGAAUAAAAUGUUCACUGUGUCUGGCACUGAAGGCAGUGGGCAUUUCCCUGUUGGAUGUGCUCUCUAGGAAAUUGUACCUGCUUCUAUCAGCUGAGCUGCAUUAAACUGAAAAGAUGUCACUGUAUGAUGACCUGGGAGUGGAGACCAGUGACUCGAAAACAGAAGGCUGGUCCAAAAACUUCAAACUUCUACAGUCUCAGCUUCAGGUGAAGAAGGCAGCUCUCACUCAAGCAAAGAGCCAGAGAACAAAACAAAGUACAGUCCUUGCCCCGGUAAUUGACCUAAAGCGAGGCGGCUCUUCAGAUGACCGGCAGAUUGUGGACACCCCGCCUCACGUAGCAGCUGGCCUGAAGGAUCCUGUACCCAGUGGAUUUUCUGCAGGAGAAGUUUUGAUUCCCUUAGCUGAUGAAUAUGAUCCUAUGUUUCCUAAUGAUUAUGAGAAAGUAGUGAAGCGCCAAAGAGAAGAACGACAGAGACAGCGGGAGCUGGAAAGACAAAAAGAAAUAGAAGAGAGAGAAAAGAGGCGUAAAGACAGACAUGAAGCCAGUGGGUUUUCAAGGCGACCAGAUCCAGAUUCUGAUGAAGAUGAAGAUUAUGAGCGAGAAAGGAGAAAAAGAAGUAUGGGCGGAGCCGCCAUCGCACCACCCACUUCUCUUGUAGAGAAAGACAAAGAGUUACCCCGAGAAUUUCCUUAUGAAGAGGAGUCAAGACCUCGUUCCCAGUCUUCUAAAGCUGCCAUUCCUCCCCCUGUGUAUGAGGAGCAGGAGAGACCCAGAUCUCCAACGGGCCCUGGCAACUCCUUCCUCGCCAACAUGGGUGGCACUGUAGCACAUAAAAUCAUGCAGAAGUAUGGCUUUCGGGAAGGCCAAGGUCUUGGUAAGCAUGAGCAAGGGCUGAGCACGGCAUUGUCGGUGGAGAAGACAAGCAAGCGAGGAGGCAAGAUCAUUGUGGGCGAAGUCACAGAGAAAGAUGCAGCUAAGAAGUCAGAUUCAAAUCCAUUAACUGAAAUACUUAAAUGUCCUACUAAAGUGGUCCUACUAAGGAACAUGGUUGGUGCAGGAGAGGUAGAUGAAGACUUGGAAGUUGAAACCAAGGAAGAGUGUGAAAAAUAUGGCAAAGUUGGAAAAUGUGUGAUAUUUGAAAUUCCUGGUGCCCCUGAUGAUGAAGCAGUACGAAUAUUUUUAGAAUUUGAGAGGGUUGAAUCAGCAAUUAAAGCUGUCGUUGAUCUGAAUGGGAGGUAUUUUGGUGGACGGGUAGUAAAAGCAUGUUUCUACAAUUUGGAUAAAUUCAGGGUGUUGGAUUUGGCAGAACAAGUUUGAUUUUAAGAACUAGAGCACGGGCUACAAGCUGCAAGCUGAGCAGAGAAGAAAAAGGCGACAGCCAGUCUGCAUGGCUGGGUACAGAGACUCUUGAAAGGACUGCUAAGAUAAAUGUUGAUUAAUCCCUUUUUUAUUUUGUGUUUUUUUUAAUAUAGUAUAAAAAUCCUUUAAAAAAAAACAACACGAAUAUGUGUGCCUCUCUGGUUGUUUCUCUUUCUUAUUACCACUUCUAGGUAAUUAACUUCUUUUUGGCUAGGAUUUCAUGAUAAUUCUUGAGUGUUCCAGUGAUACAGCAUUUCUUGCACUAAAAAUAGCUAGAAAGUUCUGGGAUGUGGGGUUGUAUUAAGUUAUCCUUUGCAUUUCUUUCAUUUUUUUUUCUUUUUUUGAUUCUUUUUAAUAAAACUUGCAAGUUACUGUAGUUUCAUAAAUUCUAUAAUAAACUACAUCUUGGCAGUCUGCCAAAGGUGAAAAUGUUUGCUUUCUCUAACAGAGAAAUUCUUAUUGAUUCCGGUCGUAGAAAAAAAGUCUUUAAGACCCUAACUAUGGUUAAAGAAUUGUGAACCUACCAUGACCUGUUUGGAUGAAUCAUUUCGAUUAAACUAAGUCAGACUGUAGGGUUUGUGAUGGACUUAGGAUAUAGAAAUCAUGAACCUAGCAAUUCUAGCAUAGUGUUCAGGAUAGAUCAGAAAUGGCAAGUUAAUUCAAAACCUCACGGGUACAUUGUAGAUGUGUGCCCAUAAUGUUUUGGAAAUGGUGGAUCCUUGGAGUCACAUUGGCAGUAGUGUUAGUUAUAUAUAUUUUAAAAUUUAUAAAGUUCAGCCACAUCAGCUACUUAAACUGUACUGCCAAUUAAUAUAAUUCCAUAGUUAUGAAAAUUGUACCAUUGAAGUACAGUGGUAUGUGUGACUUAAAAAUUAACAGGACCAUGAAAAGAGACAAAAAUAUUUGGUGCUGGGUUUCAUUGCUAGAGCAGGAAGUGUUUCCAGAAUAUUCUUGUGCCUGUGUUCUGGUCCUUGCUUGCCCGAAUAUUGCUGAAGGACAUGCACCUAUGUUGUCUCUCUAGGUUAUUGUGACAUGAAAGCAUGUUGUUACCCUUUGUGGAAAGAAAGCACUCACUAUUUCUUUACAUUCCAUGGACUUGAUUUGAAGACCUAAGGAAUAUUCUAACCCUUUUUAAAAAAGGAUUUUCUCAUGUUUUUACUUUAACAGAAAUAAAAGAAUAAUGUUUUCU